UCAGCCACAUGAAAGCAGGAAACAAAACAGGAAUUUUAGUGUUCACCCUCCUUGGACUCUCUGAGGAUCCAGAACUGCAGCCCCUCAUCUUUGGACUGUUCCUCUCCAUGUAUGUGGUCACUGUGCUUGGGAACUUGCUCAUCAUCCUAAUCAUCAGCUUUGACUCCCACCUCCACACCCCCAUGUACUUCUUCCUCUCCAACCUGUCCUUGGUUGACAUCUGCUUCAGCACCACCAUAAUCCCCAAUAUGCUGGUGAGCAUCCAGACAGAGAACAAAGCCAUUUCCUACAUGAAUUGCCUCACUCAGGUGUAUUUUUCCAUGUUUUUUCCUAUCCUGGACACCCUACUCCUGACCGUGAUGGCCUACGACCGGUAUGUGGCCAUCUGUCAGCCCCUGCAUUACAUGGUCAUCAUGAACCCUCGUCUCUGUGGCUUGCUAGUUUUUAUUACUUGGUUCAUUGGUGUCAUGACAUCCCUCCUCCAUAUCUCUCUGAUGAUGCAUCUGAAUUUCUGUAGGGAUCUUGAAAUUCCACUUUUCUUCUGUGAGGUGACACAGAUCCUCAAGUUGGCCUGCUCUGAUACCUUCCUGAAUAGCGUACUGUUAUACUUUAUGACUGGUGUGCUGGGUGUGUUCCCCCUUUUGGGGAUCCUAUUCUCCUACUCAAGAAUUACUUCAGCCAUAAGGAAGAUGUCCUCAUUGCAGGGAAGGCAAAAAGCGUUUGCCACCUGUGGGUCUCAUCUUUCAGUGGUUUCUUUAUUUUAUGCGGCAGGCAUUGGGGUCUACUUCACUUCUUCGAUGACUCACUCUUCCCAGGAAGUCUCAGUGGCCUCAGUGAUGUACACCGUGGUCACCCCUAUGCUGAACCCCUUCAUCUACAGCUUGAGAAACAAGGAUGUAAAGGGUGCCCUGGGAAGGCUUCUUAGCAGAGCAGUCUCUUGUCUGUGAUAAAAUAAAUCUAUUGGUCCUGGGACUGAGAAGGUUUGUGAGUACCAGUGGCAAACACUUUAUUCCGAAGUUCUUAUACUUGAAUAUCUCAAAGGAUCUUAUUCUUUUAUCCAGUUCUUAAGGACCUAUGAAUUUGCUCUCUCUUAGUUUUUUACACACAUUUAAACAACCAAUCUCUGAGUAAUUUCUUUGAUGACUUUUUUGUCCUAUUGGUUGUCCAAAAAUUAUGUCCUUGGUCUUAUUCUUUACCUUCACACUCGUGAGUUCUAAACUUGGAUUUAAGGCAUUUACUAUAUCUUUGUUAUCUCAAAUGUUGGCCUAGAGAGUUUAAAGUGUUAACUUUAAUUUAUUUCUAUGUGUUUGAU